AUUGUCCAGACUAGAAGUGGAUGAAAGUUUCAAAACUUGAGGUGGACUUCCCUUUUUUUGUGGUCAGAACUAUGUAUUGUAUCGUGAGGAUAUGGUGUAAUCUGGGCACACAAUUGUAGCGUCUGUCUUAGAAUCAAUACAUUAAAUAUACUUGGGAAGAGAUCUGUACAAUGCAAAGAACAGAAGGCACAAACAUUCAGACCCCACAAGGAAGACAUCUUCCAAAUUACGGUUAUGAGACUGAUUUCCAACCUGGGAAGAUGGACCAACAAACAAGAUCCAAGGGUGGCAAUAAAACUUGGGUUAUUUGGAUCAUGUUGGGUCUUCUCUUUUUGAAAUUCUGUAUUUUGUUGGUUCUUAUGAUCAUCCUGUUUGCGUCUUUCAACACACGUAUUUUAGAACUUCAGAAAAAUAUAGAGUACCUCAAUAAAAUAAAGCCCUCCUGUGAGAGUGGUUGGCUGGAAUUUGAUGCCCAUUGUUAUUUCUUCUCGAAAAAUAUACUAAAUUGGACACAAGCUGAGAAGAUGUGUCUUGACAGAGACAGUCUUCUGGUUAUAAUUAACAAUGAAGCAGAGCAGAAAUUUUUAACCAAUAUAGAUAAUAAAGGAAUUUAUUGGAUCGGUCUAACAAAUUUGGAGAAGAAUAAUAAAUUUAAGUGGGUUGAUGGCACAGGAUUAUCAUACCAAUUUUGGGACGAAGGAGAGCCAAAUAACCAAGCAAAUAAUGAGGGAUGUGUUCAUAUUGUUUUUGAAAGAUGGAAUGAUUCUAUCUGUGGAUUAGAGUAUACUGCCAUCUGUGAGAAGAAAAUGAAAUAAUGAUAAUUUCUCUCUGUAAAAUACCCACAACCUCUGGGGACUCUGGAAAUAUAUCCUGCACAAGUUGAACUUUUCCGUGUUAUCUACACUGCUAGGUCUACAGCUUUAAAAAUAAACCUAUAUGAUUCCCAUCCUUGAGUCACCUGAUGAAGCUUUACUCAAUCUUUUUUUUUUUUUUUUCCACCUCAGAAAACUCGUCAAGAGACUUAAUCAGUUUUGCGCUCAUACGCUGUCUCAGUCAUAGUUCACAUCAUUUUUCCCGUAACUUUAUU